UUGUCGACUCCGUCCUCUCCUCUGUUAGCUUCCCCACGAGAAUUGCGACUGCGCUCACAUCAAGCAUAGCCGUUCGUCCUCGGUACAACAGUCUAAGGUUACAAAUGAUUAAAAGUGCUUAGCUUACCAAUUCACUGGAUAUGGCCAACGAGAAUGCUCCAUAACCAUUUUUAGCCUGAAGAACUUCAAUUAAUUCGUUGGUUUCAAAGAUAAAAUCAUAGGAAGAUGCCUCUGAUAGGAGGAAGAACGGGAAUGUGGUGAUACGAAUGAGUCGUUCCGUCGUCGGAAUAGAGCCUGAAAUAAAACAGAGUUAUGGAACUGAGCGAUUUUUUCUGUUGAAGAGAAAACGAAAGCUCAGAAGAAAAAAAAGAUUAAAAUCUCCAAAAAAAUCAUGAAAGAAUGAUGGAAAGAUCCAUAUGUUCUAGGUUUGGAUUUGGAUAAUCCGAUUGAACCAUGGUUGGGUUUGUAAUUAUGCAAAUUCAUUAAGUCCUUAGAUGUCUUUUACUCGUUUUCUAGUUUAAAAAAUAUUCAAAAAGAAAAUCUUUUUAAAACUGGGGCAUACUAGAGUUUUUGAGUAAGGUACUAGGGCAUUUUAGAAUAAAGUCCUCUUUUUACCACUUGGCUCAGUUUCAUCUUCUUCCUCGUUUUCUCGUUCCUCCGACACCGAGAUCUCGUCAAAAAAUAAAAAAAAACCUCGAAUUUAAUAUCAAAUCGCCUGUAAUUCAGCUAGUCUAUACGAUCUGUGCUUGAGAAUUGCGUAGAUCGAAGAUGCCGGUGGCAGCUUCCGCCAUCUACUUUCUGAAUCUCCGUGGCGAUGUUCUCAUCAAUCGCACUUACCGAGACGAUGUCGGGGGAAACAUGGUGGAUGCAUUUCGAACGCAUAUAAUGCAGACCAAGGAGCUAGGCAACUGUCCUGUGCGUCAGAUUGGUGGCUGCUCCUUCGUCUAUAUGCGUAUCAGCAAUGUCUACAUCGUCAUUGUUGCCAGCAGCAAUGCUAAUGUUGCUUGUGGCUUCAAGUUCGUUGUUGAGGCUGUUGCUUUGUUCAAAUCUUACUUUGGUGGAGCUUUUGAUGAAGACGCUAUUCGAAAUAACUUUGUUCUCAUUUAUGAGUUGUUGGACGAGAUCAUGGACUUUGGCUAUCCCCAGAAUCUCUCCCCUGAAAUUUUGAAGCUUUAUAUUACUCAGGAAGGUGUACGGUCUCCAUUUUCAUCCAAGCCGAAGGACAAGCCUAUACCAAAUGCAACGUUGCAAGUUACGGGUGCUGUUGGUUGGAGAAGAGAGGGCCUUUCUUACAAAAAGAAUGAGGUGUUUCUGGAUAUUGUGGAAAGCGUAAACCUUCUUAUGUCCUCUAAAGGCAAUGUUCUUCGGUGUGAUGUGACGGGAAAAGUUCUAAUGAAAUGUUUCCUUUCGGGAAUGCCUGAUCUGAAGCUGGGGUUGAAUGAUAAAAUUGGUCUUGAGAAGGAAUCGGAAAUGAAAUCUCGUCCAGCUAAGAGUGGCAAAACCAUUGAGCUUGAUGAUGUCACAUUUCACCAGUGUGUGAACCUGACAAGAUUCAACUCCGAGAAGACCGUUAGUUUUGUACCACCGGAUGGUGAAUUUGAACUGAUGAAGUAUCGUAUCACAGAGGGAGUGAAUCUGCCGUUCCGGGUUUUACCAACAAUCAAUGAACUUGGUCGUACACGCAUGGAAGUAAAUGUCAAGGUCAAAAGUGUGUUUGGUGCCAAAAUGUUUGCCCUCGGCGUCGUAGUUAAGAUUCCAGUGCCAAAACAAACAGCAAAAACCAACUUCCAAGUGACAACUGGUCGUGCUAAGUACAAUCCAUCAAUCGAUUGCUUGGUUUGGAAGAUAAGAAAGUUUCCAGGACAAACAGAGUCCACACUAAGUGCAGAAAUUGAGUUGAUCUCAACAAUGGGAGAAAAGAAAUCUUGGACAAGGCCACCAAUCCAAAUGGAGUUUCAGGUGCCAAUGUUCACUGCAUCUGGUUUACGAGUUUGGUUCCUCAAGGUGUGGGAGAAGAGCGGUUACAAUACGGUUGAGUGGGUUCGAUACAUUACGAAAGCGGGAUCAUAUGAGAUCAGAUGCUAACCUAAAAAUCACUGUUCAGCUUCAGUGACAUCAGACGUGACGCUCAUGGCUUCUAGUUUUUGUUCCUUAAUGCAAAACAAGAUAUACGAGUUAAAUAUCUUUUAUACCUCGUUCUGUUUGUUUUUGUCCAUUAGAGAUUUCUUUUGUUAAUAUUAUUUCUUAUGUCUUUACAUUUAGAGGGUGUUAUUGGUUCAUAUAUUUUAAUGGAUUUGAAAAUACAAGUCAAAUCUAGUGUUAUUGGUUCUGUAAUUUUAAAAUUCAUAUUCAAAUUCAUUGUUAUUGGUUA